CCAAAUCCCAGGUCCCAUGACGUGCCUCACUGUAGGACCUCACCCAUAUAGAAUAGAACACACCACGCUAUGGUUUUGGGUAAUAGGCCAAUAUGCCUGCCAGUGACACUACACACUAACUCCUUAACUGUCUCUACAGGUUCUUGACUUAGAUGAGAAGAACCAAAUAUUAAAAAGUUUGUUGUGGUACAGAUCGUCAUGGUAUGAUCAGAACCUAAAGUGGGAACCAACAGAUUUUGAGAAUAUUAGUGAACUUGAAGUUCCUCACUCUCUUGUAUGGAGACCUGAUAUAGUAAUGUACGAAGAGAUUGGAGACAAGGAUUAUUCUCCCCGACUCCCAUACGUUAGCAUUACAAGCAAAGGAAUGGUGGAAUAUAAGGAACCUUGUGCGUUUCAUACCUCAUGCGCGAUCGACACAUCUUUCUUCCCAUUUGAUGUGCAGGUUUGUCACAUGACUUAUGUCUCAUGGACGCAACCAGUCACGCAUAUCGACUUGAUCACCGACCGUGAACCUCAACAACUAAUGAAGGACGCCAAGCAAUAUUUCAUCAACACAGGAGAAUGGCAGUUUGUGAGGCUGUCAGCUCGUAAAAAGAUGAAGGAUUAUGGGAAUCUGAUCACUAAUGAUUCAGAGGAUGUGACCGUGAACACUAGGUAAGAUGAGGGGCAAACAGUGUACCAGUUCACAUGUAUGAUAAGGGGCAAACAGUGUACCGGUUUACAUGGUCCCACUCCCAGAUACCUUGGCACAGUAGUUCUGUUCUAUAUGGGUGAGGUCCUACAGCCAGAGUCCAGGGUUGAGUUAGCCCAUUACUUCAACAUUGUAUAUGCAUCCCUGCCACAAUAAUUAGCAUGCAUGAGCCCAGAAGAUAUGAGGUUCAAGGCUCAACACUGCUACCAUUUUGGCAUAUAUGUCCUUGAGUGAGACACUUAAUGGUAAUUGCUCCAACCCAGUUGUCACUAUAAUACAGUGCAUGCCAAAAUAGCUUUAAAGUCACUUGCAGUUGGCCAUUUGU